AUGGCGACUCGAAAACACCGACCCCAAUCGACGGUGAUAAAGACCAAUGGUCUGCACGCACGCUGGGAGACUUUGCUUGGGAAGAAGUUUCCUGGCUUCAAGUGGGACGGCUCCGACUACGGCACCCCUGAUCGGAGCCAGGGAGGGGGCUCGGACGGCCUCGUGAAGUACAUGGAGCCGCUGAAGGGCCUUCUCGCAGAGGCCCCUACUGGCUUUCCCACGUACAAGUCGUUGCGGGAUGCCCUCCUCAAGUUCGACGGAGUGUACGACAAAAAGGUGGAGCCCCUGGUGAAGCUCAUCACCACCAAGCCUUCGACCGAGCCAGCCUCGUCGGUGCCGAUGCUUUCCACGGCGCCAGCGGCGCCAGCGAUGCCUGCCUUCCCUGACUUCGAGGACGAGUCCGAGGAGGUGGAGAUCCUGGAGUCGGGGUGCACGAAACACCAGGACACCAAGGCAGGCAACUCUGAUGACGAUGACGAUUGCGAGGUCGUCCACGUCAAGUGCAUGUGUCCAGAAUGCCAGGCGCCAGUGCCGCCCCCAGGCAUUGGCGGACAGAAGCGUGGCAUGGUGGAGACCACGACCUUGGUUCAAGGGAAAUGCUCGAAACCAACGCGUCGGCUCAGGAAGAAGACCUCGCUCACCGCCGUACCGUGCAGCUCCCAGCAGCCUGGUAAGCCCAAGCACACCCCCAUGAAGCAGAAGCGCCCGAAGCAGGUCGGCCCAAAUAUUCAUUUUCGCCAUCGAGCAGAUUCUGACAUCGCAUUGCCAAUCGGAGUCGUCACACGAUCUGCAUCUGACAAGAGGCCUGGCGAAUCCUACAUAGUGCAGAACACCCGCGCGAUGAGCUACGUCGUCGGUUGCACCUCGAGGGGACACGCAUCUUGCAUGAGCAUCAUCGCCAAACUGGCCGAGAUGAUCAAUAGCAAGCGCAUCCAGAAGCACAGCGAUGCGAAGCAGUUCGUGCACCAGUACAUCAAGGGCGACCUUGAGUGGGUUGAGGCAUCGGUGUGA